ACCAUGGAAGAUUUGGUAGUGGAAAAGCAUGUGAAGUACAUCCUCUCCGUGGAAAAGAAGAAAGAUGAUUUCGAGUCUCUAGUGUUGGAGCAUCUGAGGAUGAACGGCGCCUAUUGGGGUCUGACCACUCUGGACCUCCUCCAUAAGCUCGGAGCUGUCGAUCCGGAUGAGGUCGUAUCAUGGAUGAUGGAAUGCUAUCACCAGGAUUGCGGAGGGUUUGGUGGGAAUAUUGGUCACGAUCCGCACCUUCUUUAUACACUCAGUGCCGUGCAGGUUUUGGCCCUUUUUGACAGGCUUGAUGUUCUUGAUAUCGAGAAGGUCUCGGAUUGUAUCCUUCGUCGUUAGGAAAGAUAUUAUGAAGUUUAAAUUUGCUUUGAUGGUCAAUAAGAUUUCAGGCUUUUGAUGUAAUUCUUCAGUUGGGUAAUUUUAAUGAAUGGUAGACUGUUUGCAACAUCGGGCUCGCGUAUUGCUUGUGAACCCUUUCCUAUCAACUUAGGCUUCCAAUUUUUAUGGUAUGUACGAGCUUUCCUUUGUAAUUAAGAGGGGCGGCUUCAAAAUCAUUAAUUUUAUGUUGCAUUUUCAUGCCAUUCUUGAUUAGUUACUCAACAUGGAGA